CCCUCCAGCCACCAGUUAGCUCCUCCUGGCUCUGGUGCCUCUGAGUGUCCGUCCGCAUGGCGCUGCGCAGGGUUCUUGUCAUUUUGAGCCUCCUGCCUCUGCUGGAGGCCCAGAAUCCAGAACAUGCCAACAUCACAGGCAUACCUAUUACCAAUGACACUCUGAGCUGGCUCUCUGGCAAAUGGUUUUACAUCGGCUCGGCUUUACACAACCUUGUGUUCAAGCAGGCAGCUCAAAAGAUACAGGCGGAAUAUUUCUACUUUACCCCCAACGUGACGGACGACACUAUACUGCUCCAAGAAUACCAGACCAUGGAGGACCGAUGUGUCUAUAACGUCAGCAAGCUGGGAGUCCAGAGAGAGAAUGGGACCAUCUCCAAAUUGGACGGAGCAGUAGAAUUCUUGGCCCACCUGAAAGUGUUCAAGAGACAUGGGGGCUUCCUGCUUGCCUUUGCCCCGCAGGACGAAAAGAACCGGGGACUGUCCUUGUACGCUAAUAAGCCAGAUGUUUCCCCGGAGCUUCUUGAGGAAUUCCAGAAAGCUGUCAAAAGUCUGGGCAUGAAGGAGUCAGAAAUCAUAUAUACUGACUGGAAAAAGGAUAUGUGCAGCCAGCAGCAGGAGCAGUCUGAGCAAGAGAAGAAGACAGAGGAGGGUUCCUAGCAAGGCCAGGCAUGGUCUCAGCUCUCUGUACUCUGUGGGCUGUCCUCAUGCCCACCACACCCACCCUGUGUACCUUGGUUCUUUCUCCACAUCAAUAAAGCUUUGUCAAAACAGUCA